UGGGCCUUUACGUUCCACGAUUCUCGUUCAAAUUGCGGCUAUCAAUAAAUUGCCCACUACCAAGUUGCCGGUGUCCAAAGUGUGUUGCUGGUGCUGUGAAUUCUGAGCUUUGCUGCACUCAUAAUAAAUCUGUGAAUAUGUCCCUCCAAGAGCAAUUCGACAAAGCUGCCGAAGACGUCAAGAACCUAAAGUCGUCACCAUCGGAUGCCGAUUUGCUGGAACUUUAUGCCAAUUUUAAGCAAGCAACAGUCGGAGACUGCAAUACAGAUAAGCCAGGAUUCCUCGACUUCAAAGGCAAAGCCAAGUGGGAGGCUUGGAAUGCGAAAAAAGGUGUAACCAAAGACGCUGCCAUGGAAGCAUAUGUGCAGAAAGCCAACUCACUCAUUGAAUCGAUUGGAUUGAAGUAAUGUUCAACACAACCUCAAAGAUAUUCUACGCACAUUUCGCAAUCAACUGCAGCUGCUAGCAUAAGACAAAAAGGUUGACCAAAUCUUGUAGCUUAUACUCAAAUCGUUCAUUGAAAGAAGAAGUAACGUUUUCCUAGUUUUCGUUUAUUCUCGCUUAUCACAAAUGUUCUAUAUUUUUUCUAUAAGAGUAAAACAUUUAUUUAUAAUGUAGCGUAGCGAAAAGCACCUUAUCGAUGUAAUACACAUUUGUAAUAUGUCAAAUGCAGUUUCACACUUUUUAAAUAAAGAUUUACAGUGAG